ACUAUGAUGAAAGUAUUUUUCCUCUGGCUGUCAAUCCUCCGGGUGGAUUCUCUGAUGUACCCGGCCGUUAUAACGCCCCAAGACCCCACCCUCCUCAUUGGCUCUUCGCUAACAGCCAGCUGUUUUGUCAGCGCUGAAUCGGGCCUGAAGGCCCAGGACCUCUACUGGACCCUGAACGGCCGACGGCUCCCGGCAGAGACCUACAAGGUCGUCGGGGCCAACACUUUGACGGUGACCCUUUCGAACCUGAACGGAUCUCAGCAACAGUCGGGGGAUAAUCUCGUCUGCCAUAGCAAAGAGGGCAGCGUAAUCUUGGCUGGAUCGUGUCUCUACGUAGGACUGAAACCAGAGAAGCCAACCAACAUCUCGUGCUGGUCCAAGAACCUGAAAGAUCUCACCUGCCGAUGGGUCCCGGGAACGGAAGGCGAAACUUACCUGCAUACCAAUUAUACCCUUAAGUACAAAUUGAGGUGGUACGGCCGUGACAACACUUGCCUCGAGUAUCACACCGCCGGACUGUACUCCUGUCACAUCCCCAAGGACUUGGCGCUCUUCACGCCCUACGAGAUCUGGGUGGAAGCCUCCAAUCAGCUUGGAUGGGCUAUAUCUGAACGAGUCAUGCUGGACAUCGUCGACGUCGUCACAACGGAUCCGCCCUCGGAUGUCCACGUGAGCCGCGUUGGAGACUUAGAGGAUCAACUAAGUGUCCGGUGGAGUGCCCCUCCGGCCCUCAAGGACUUCCUCUUCCAGGCCAAAUAUCAGAUCCAGUACCGGGUCGAGGACAGCUCGGAGUGGAAGGUUGUGGACAACGUGGGUAAUCAAACGUCCUGCCGUCUGGCCGGGCUGAGGCCUGGCACGGUUUACUUUGUCCAGGUUCGCUGCAAUCCGUUUGGCAUCUACGGUUCGAAGAAAGCAGGCAUCUGGAGCGACUGGAGCAACCCCACAGCGGCCUCCACGCCUCGGAACGGGCGAACACCGGGCGUCUGUGAGCCAAAAAGCGGAGAACACAACAACACGCUCCGCCGGGAACUCAAGCAGUUCUUCGGGUGGAUGCGCAAACAUGGGAGCUCCUACGGCUGUGCCAACCUGAGCAUCAAAAUGUACGACCAGUGGCGCGUCUCGUUGCAGAAGUCGCACAAAACACGGAACCAGGUAGGUCCUAUCCGGCGAUAAAUCGUAGCGAAACUGUGAUGGUGGAACACGGAGUUUUCCGAUAGCCAGUGCGGUCGCUGUGCCCAGUUUUCCUUUAGGAUGCGCUGAGGAGGCAAAGCGAAGGGGGCAGAGGAAGAAGCAGGAAUGCUGUCUGGUGCUGCGUGCCAUCGCCCCCUCUGCCAGAUGGCAAGGAGCCAGCCUACCACCUAUGACCUCUUCCCAUCACCAAAUAAAUCUUAGCUACGUUUCCUUCUUGAGCCCCCGAGAGGAGAACCGUAAACAUCCCCGGCUUUU